AUGGAGCUUCAAAUAGUUAGUAAAGAAACCAUCAAGCCUUUAUCUGCAACCCCACCACAACUCAAAAAACUCCCUCUUAGCCUUUUUGAUCAACAAGCCCCUAAAAUGUAUAUACACCUUCUCUAUUUCUACUACAACCACGAUAUCAGCUCCGGCUACAGCCGGCAGCUGCUGAAAGAUAGCCUCUCAAAGGCCUUGACUUUUUACUACCCUUUUGCCGGCCGCCUCAGAGACGAUGGCAACUCCAUCAACUGCAACGACGUGGGUGCAAUUGUUUCGGAGGCAAAGCUCCGGUGUCCCAUGUCAGAAUUUAUGAACAACUUCAAUUUAGAACGUGAAGAGAUUUUGAAGUUGACUCUUUCGGAUGACAUCAAUGGAAAAGACCAAAGAUUGAAUCCAUUGUUGUGUGUUCAGUUGACACAAUUUGAAUGUGGAGGAGAAGUGAUGUAUGUGUUAUGUUCUCACAAAGUUGCGGAUUUGGCGUCGUUAACCAACUUCAUAAAUGAUUGGGUUUUCAUUGCUCGUAGCUCCCGCGACGGCAAUGAUCCACCGACCCUGAAUUGUCCUCCUCAAUUUAAUGGGGCUAGUUUUUUCCCUCCGACGAAGUUGGAAAGCGGCGGGGAAUUAAAUUCUAGAACAGAAAGACAAUAUGAAAAUGGUGUUAGUACGAAGAGAUUUGUGUUUAAGAGUUCAAAGAUUGCAAGUCUUAAAGGUAUGGUUUGUGAGAAAGUGGAGAAUCCAACUAGAGUUCAGAUUCUCACUGCCUUCAUCUACAAAGCUGCCGUUUCAGCAAAGGAAUCAGUCACAGGUUUGUUAAUUUUAAUUAGUUUCGAUCAACUUUACACUAAAAUUAUAGGUUAA